UUCACGCCAUGUAAGUCUCCACGAAUAUCCUUAAAAUUUAUUAUUAUUUUUCUUUGAAAAUGGGUUUUUAUGACAAUCCUAAGCCAUGUGCCCAAAUUACACAACCCCUCUCACGUAUGCAUGAGGAUCUUGAUGCUUCCCCAAUUCAUUUUCUUCAGAAUUAGCUUUGGAGUGUGAUUCAGUGUUGUUUCCCUUCCAGCUGUAGGGCAGCUGAGGUUACAAAGGGAUUAGACUAAUAGACCAAAAUCCAGAUAGGUUUGCUGAGAAGAAAAUCACAGCAGAGGCCAGGGGUGGGAAAAAGGGAGUGGGCAUGGACUGUGGUACCGAGGAUCAACUCAAGAGCCUUCUGAAUAACACCAUCCCAGUGCAAGCCACAGUGGAGGGCAAGGUGGCCCCCAGCCAGGACUUCCAGAGAGAAGCAACUGUGGCCUGGCUCUUCUUCCCCUGCUUCUCAAGAGCUUCUUGGGGCUGCGGGCAAGGCCGGAGCCGGGGAAGCUUCUCGGCUGCCUGCGUCUCCAGAGCAAUUCCUCAUCUGACACCUCAAGAUAGGGGACUCCUCUGAGAGGCUGGCAGAGGGGAAGCCCUGCUUCUUUGCCUGAAGUCCUUCAUGGCUAAACAAGCCAUUUGAUACACUUUAGCCAGCACCACAGAAGCCGCAGUCAAGAAAUCAAACGGUGUAUUACAUUGGGCAAAUCUGCUGCAAAAGACCUCUUUAAAGCAUUUAAAAGCAAAGAUGUCAUUUCGAGGACUCAGGUGGGCCUGACCAAAGCCAUGGUCUUUUCAGUCACCUCGUAUGCAGGUGACUGAAAGCUGGACAAUGAAUAAGGAAGACCAAAGAAGAAGUGAUGCCUUUGAGUUGUAGUGUUGGCAAAAAAAUAUUGAGUAUACCUUGGACUGCCAGAAGAACAAACAAAUCUGUCUUGGAAGAAGUACAGCCAGAAAGCUCCUUAGAAGCAAGGAUGGAGAGACUUUGUCUCCUGUACUUUGGACAUGUCAUCAGGGGGGACCAGUCCCUGGAGAAGAACAUCAUGCUUGGUAAAGUAAAGCAUCAGUGAAAAAGAAGACCCUCAACAAGACGGAUUGACAGAGUGGCUGCAACAGUGGGCUCACCCAUAGCAACGAUUCGGAGAAUGGCACCAGACUAGGCAGUGUUUCGUUCUGUUGCACUGAGGGUUGCUAUGAGUCGGAACCAACUCAACAGAUUUUAAAAUAAAUUGUUAUUAGAGUAUUAAGAUUAAUUGUAUAUAUAUAUUUUUUAAUAUCCUGUUUCAACACUAAAAAGUACUGGAACAAAAGUAUUAGAAUGUUGUCUCCCAAGUUUUUCCUAGAACUAUAUUUAUAUAACUGGAUUGGGGGGGGAAAAGUUCAGAAAAAAAUUGUUGCUUAGGAGAUUUACAACCUGUUCUAUGGACCCAAUAUCAGAAUACUACUGCACUUGAAAUUUGUAGGUUUUCUUGAGCCCUGAACAAUGCAUGUAUAUGUGUGCACAUGGGUGUGUGUAUGCCGGAGAAUGUGUGUGCACUGACUGUUACCUAAGGAAAUGGUUGUGCUGACCAAACUCUUAAUUAAAGGCAUAAUUGCUAAAUGCACCAAAGCUCAUUAAUUUUAUUUUAUCUUUGGUGCACAAGACUUCUGACUAACAAACCUUUAAAAUAUGCACCUAAGAACCCACUGGUAGAAAUUGUACUGCUUAACUCAUUUUGAAUGUUUAUUAAGAAGUACUUUUUCCCAAACUGUUAUGUAAUACAAGAGAAGAGUUUAUCUUUUUGGUAUACGCAAGACUCCUAUCAGCUACCAGCAUAUAAAUAAGGGGUUAAGAAAAGCCAAAGAAGUUCCAGAAUGACUGACUGUAGGCUACAGGAAUACAAAGAAAGUACCAACAAUGUGGCAUAUUUAUAAAAACUGGCAAAAAAGAACUAAGGCUGCAUGAGAUGGGGAAAGAUAGUCGCUUUCCCUCAGUUUGUCCCAGUGCGAAAGCGGUUAAAUCAAGUUACAACCUGACCUGCCGGGAAAGUACGAUUUAGCAGUCAUGUUGUUCAGUGGUAAAAGAAAGAAGGCUUUUGUCGUUGCUGCUACACUUUGCUUUGUUUUAAAGAAAUGUUUCAGCAAGUAUAGGAAGGGGAAGUUAAAUCUAUGCCAAGUAAUCACUGAUGUUGUGUGGGUAUCCCCUUUUGCUCUUCUAUCGAGAUGGGAAUUUCCCUACCUUUCUCCAUGCCCACACCCCUACCCCAACCCUCCACCCAUGAGUGGAGCAGCUUGCACAUAAACCUUUUCUUAGGUCAGCUUUCCUGGUACUGAAUCCACACCUACACAGAAAGUUUUUGAUGUAUUUGAAUACAGUAUAUCAAUUCUGGCAGAACUUCAUCCCUUCGAAGAAUCUUUUUUCUCAGCCCAGAAGAUAAUUCUUCAUAGGCAUAAGAAUAUUUUCUCAUUUGAUUAUAUCAGAGUUACCCAUUGCUGUUGAUCGAUUCUGACUCAUAGUGACCCGACAGGACAGAGCAGAACUGCCCCAUAGGUUUUCCAAGGCUAUAUAUAAUCUUUAGAGAAGCAGACUGCCACGUCUUUUCUCUUGUGGAGUGGUUGGUGAGUUCGAACCGCCGACUUUUCGGUUAGCAGCCGAGCACUUAACCACUAAGCCACCGGGGCUCCUUAAAACAACAACAACCAGCACCAAUACAGAAUUAUGAACAAAUAAAUCAGAAGGAGGAAGAGGAAAAGUGAAUGCUCAAACCUCUAUGGCUUUUUCUUUCCCCCUGCUGUCAUUCCAGCUGUAGCCUGGGAUUAAUUAAGUGCUGUGAACUCAGAGCCUGAGAGAGGAGGAAAAAAAUGCACUCUAUCUCUAAGGAAGGAGUACAGUAACAGUCCCUCAGCAGUGAGAAAGCUUGGGAAGUGACUCGCGCUCCAGUGUUUGUGGAGGGACUGGAGGGGCAGGCAGGCUGUGCCAGGCUAGAUCAGCCUUGCCUUCCUGAAGCUGAAGAGGAUUUUACAGGGGUUUGUCUUCUCCUGCCUGGAAAAGAAUUUCCCCUGUGCUAGCAGCAGCCGCCGCAGCAGCAGCAACAGCAGCAGCCCUACCUCCUCUUCUGGGGAACAGGGCAGAAUGCCUGUGCUAGAGCGGUAUUUCCACUCGGCAGAGCUAGGCAGAAGGUGGACAGCCCCAGAAGGUGUGCUGCCCUCCUCGCUGGGCAGCCGGUCAGGGUGCCAGCAGGGGCCGCUGCCCUGGGACUUGCCAGAGAUGAUCAGGAUGGUCAAACUGGUUUGGAAAUCCAAAAGCGAGCUGCAGGCAACCAAACAGAGAGGCGUUCUGGAAAACGAAGAUGCUCUCCACAGCUUUCCAGGAGAUGUACGACUAAGGGGUCAGACAGGGGUUCCUGCUGAACGCCGUGGCUCCUACCCAUUCAUUGACUUCCACCUACUUAACAAUACAACACACUCAGGGGAAAUUGGCACCAAGAAAAAGGUGAAAAGACUGUUAAGCUUUCAAAGAUACUUCCAUGCAUCGAGGCUGCUUCGUGGAAUUAUACCACAAGCCCCUCUCCACCUGCUGGAUGAAGACUACCUGGGACAAGCAAGGCAUAUGCUGUCCAAAGUGGGAAUGUGGGAUUUUGACAUUUUCUUGUUUGAUCGCUUGACAAAUGGGAACAGCUUGGUAACACUGCUGUGCCACCUCUUCAACACCCAUGGGCUCAUUCACCACUUCAAGUUAGAUAUGGUGACCUUACACAGGUUUUUAGUCAUGGUUCAGGAAGACUACCACAGCCAAAACCCGUAUCAUAAUGCUGUCCACGCAGCCGAUGUCACCCAGGCCAUGCACUGCUACCUGAAAGAGCCAAAGCUCGCCAGUUUCCUCACGCCUCUGGACAUCAUGCUUGGACUGCUGGCUGCAGCAGCACACGAUGUUGACCACCCUGGAGUGAACCAGCCAUUUCUGAUCAAAACUAACCACCACCUUGCAAACCUAUAUCAGAAUAUGUCUGUGCUGGAGAAUCACCACUGGAGAUCUACAAUUGGCAUGCUUCGAGAAUCAAGGCUUCUGGCUCACUUGCCAAAGGAAAUGACACAGGAUAUUGAACAGCAGCUGGGCUCCUUGAUCUUAGCAACAGACAUCAACAGGCAGAAUGAAUUUUUGACCAGAUUGAAAGCUCACCUCCACAAUAAAGAUUUAAGACUGGAAGAUACACACGACAGGCACUUUAUGCUUCAGAUUGCCUUGAAGUGUGCUGACAUCUGCAACCCUUGUAGGAUCUGGGAGAUGAGCAAGCAAUGGAGCGAAAGGGUGUGUGAAGAAUUCUACAGGCAAGGUGACCUCGAGCAGAAAUUUGAACUGGAAAUCAGUCCUCUUUGUAAUCAACAGAAAGACUCAAUCCCUAGUAUACAAAUUGGUUUCAUGACCUACAUCGUGGAGCCACUCUUCCGGGAAUGGGCCCGUUUCACAGGAAACAGCCCACUGUCUGAGAACAUGCUGAGCCAUCUGGCGCACAACAAGGCCCAGUGGAAGAGCCUGUUGCACAAGCAGCCCAGGAGCAGCAGCGGCAGCAGCCCGGAGCACGGAGGCCCGGGAACCGAGAAGGAGGCACAUACUGGCCUGGAUGCCGAUGGCCCAUAGGCCCCAUGCCCUGCUCUGAGCCCGAGAGAACCUCCCUGAGCAGAGGCCUCCGAGAGGGUGCAGAAGCCCUGAGGGGUUCUCGCCAACGAACCCAGCCACUCUCUGGGUUUUGUUCUUGGCCUCUUCUGAAUGCCACCCUCCUAUUUACCUGCCUCCCCUCCUGUUUCCAAGUGUACAGAAGCCAUUUGUCACCUCAGCAUUAGCUGCCGAAACGAGCAACUCCAUUCAGUAAUGUGGGAGCUGAUUCCAGAGGCAGGUUGCCAAUCCAAGGAGAAGACUGGGGAGUAAGAACGAGGUGCUUCUGCCAUGUCCCCCACAGGCCCUGGGUCACACAGUGUGACAGGCAUACAAAGUCCAGAGCAUUUUCCGUGUGUCAUCUGACUGCUGAGCUGCAUGACACAACACCAGCAUAUUUGGAACUCCGAAGAUAUUGGUCUUAAGUGCAAGAGCACAAAUGAGAGCGUGAGAGAGAAAGUACUUUAUAUUUUAAUAAUAAUUAUUAUUAUAAAAAUAAUAAUAAAUCUUUUUAACUUUUAUAUUUUAUGCACUAGACAAUGGAUCUAAGACUCUGGACUAAGAUUACUCAAUGUACCCAAAAGGAACAAGGGGAUCAUUGUUUGUUACUGACUUGAUGCCACUUUGGGUCAGAGAUGUGGCAUCUUCUCAAUUUCAGAAUCCACGUUUCCUAUCGGAUUGAGGGGAAGGUGCUGUAGUGUUCAUUCCUUUGCACCGUCAGCCAAUCUGUCUUUUAUGGCUAACUCAGAUUCGGUGGCAUGUGUAUAUUCACCCAUGUACAUUUUCUGUAAAUACCAAGCGCUACUGAUUCCCAUGCCAAAAUACAUGAGUAUUAUGGGAUUGCUACCUGUAAACAAUGGCACUGUGAACAAAAUACUGUUAGUUUUAAUACAAGAGAAUGCAUUUGUAAAUAUGGUAUAUAGAGUUUAUUAAUAUACUGUUGUUUGCAGAUAAAGGCCUUAACUUUAAACAUCUUUCAUCUUCUGAAAGCUGCCCAACUUAAAUCCUCACAGAUGUCUUUCUGAACUGCCUUCCCACGUCCAUCUUUAUGCUUUCCAGCUAAGGUCACAAACCAAAACUGAAUCAAGUCUUUGAGGAAAUAUUUUGGAAACUUCACAGGCAUUCCGCUUGAGACCAUAGUGUUUCAUCUAUGGCAGCAAGCAUCGUUUCCUCAGAUUCAGGAAACCCUUCAGCAAGACUGAAGUCACUUUUCAACGCAGCAAUGUUGCACACUCUAUUUUAACGAGACAGCUGAUAAGCUUGUGUUUAUGGGACUCUUGUUAUGGAACAUGGCAGUGAGUCAGCCUCACAGGAAACAUAGCGGGUCUCAAAAACCUUCUAUGACCCUGUCAUUCAACCAUCAGAAAAUUCCUGGCUCCCAUACCACAUAUUGUCUGUUAUGGCUAUAGUACCAAAGUCUCUUUGGUUUAGGAUUGGCGUGCAUUUCUUUGGGGUUAAUCGUAACUGGAUUUUUCUUUUUUUCUUAAUUUCCUCUGAAGUCUAGCUAAAGUUAACAUUAUUUAAGUAAAGAAAAUAUUUUGGUUUUCAAAAGACUUUACCUUCCUGGCAGGUCGUUGUGGUUAAUUAUGGUUCUAGUUAGCAUAGUCACCUUGGAAUUUAUGGCCAUUUUUUUCUGCAGAGACUUGACCAUAAAAUCAAUUGAUUACAGCGUUCUCUAGUGUCCUAAGCUCUGUGCACUGAGUCCUUUCUUUAGAAGUUCUUAACAUAACUAACGUUAGAUGAAAUUUGGUAAUGCCCCUUUUGUCUUCCCUCAGAUAAUGUGAUACAGAAUUUCUGCCACUACCAAGCUGUUUCUCACGCACAACGGAAUGACAGCUAAAUCUCAUUCCUGUAGUGCAACUGUUGUAUUUGUUUGUUUUCCUCCUCACAUACAAAUGAAAUGUUAGAAACUUGACUGGAUUGUAAUAAGUUCCUGUAGAGAGACUGAGGUUAGCAGAGUUAAGGCUUAGGGGAAAUUUUGGAAAGUUGGUUAUAUUUUCAUUAAAGUAGAAGAGAGUGUCCGAUGGUGCUGAAGAAUGUUGUGAAAACCUAAUGAAAUGGGUGGAUGAUAAGUUGAAAUUAUUGAUAUGGGUAAGAAAAGAAAUUGUGAAAACUUAGUACUUUGGUUUUUUUUCUGCACUAACUAUAAACUGACACAUAUUUUUAUAUUCACUUUAAUGCUCUGAAGCUCUCAGCUUGGUGAGGCCCCAAAAGAGAAUAUGUUGGAUGUAUUCCUACUUCCAAGCCUCUCUUUCUGUGGUGUGAUGAUGUAAAGAGGGCUUUUGAGUAGUCUGUUUUUCAUGUCCGUGAUCAAAUCAAGGAAAGCAAUCACUGCAGAUGAUAAAAUAGAUAGGAACGAAGAUACUGAUUUAGCCAAUGAGGCCUCUACCUUGAGUUUAGAAAAUGGAUCUUGUUAUAAUUACGUUAUAAUUUAAUAAAUAAUAUUGGAGAUGUUAUUAGUAGUUCCAAGUUUAUAGGGCAAAAGCGUUUAUGUUACAAUUAGGUCUUGAGGAAGGGCUCACAGAGAAAAGUACCAAAUAUCCUGUGGUCAAGUAUAUGAAGUAGCUACUAGUACAAUAAAUAUCUGAAGCAAGAGGAGACACAGUGCAUGAAUUAAUGCAUCUGUCUCCUUCAUUCAAUCAUUUAGAAACUUCCUGUGCUCCUCAUUCUUUGGCAAAAGAACAAAAAGGUUGUGAAAACUUUUUUUGCCUACUAGCGGCUCUCUUGCAAAUAUUUAGGCAGAGGGAGUCCAAUUACUAGUUAAAACCAUUAUUGAAUUAUCUAUGGAUUUCAUCUUUACGAGUUUUCUUCUCCUAGUCCAUGAACCAUUAAUAGUUGACUUAACAAGUUUAACUCUUUUAUUGCUAGAGAAGAAAGGAAUCAAAGGGCUGUUUGUUGUAAGUUAAAGUUAAAAUUGAAUUAAGAGAGAGAGAAUUUAUUAUCACUGCCAGGCCUGAUAGGCAAAGCUGGUUUUCCUUUUAACACCAGCAGUGAAUAGUCAGAACCUUAUUCAUGAAAAGUUGGCCUACCCAUUACUGCCUGCUAGGCUAAGCAAAAAUCAGGCUCUGUUUCUACCUGCUUAAGGCUUCCCACAAAGGGACUUGGAGAGCAUCCUGCAACCUUAUCUUCAGACAGUGCUUCCUGUAAAACACAGUCUUGUUUUUAGUAACCUCUUCUCAUGUUGAACCAGAUCUGUUCACUGAUUUGGAUUUGGUUAUGAGCUUGUAUCUCACUGUAUUUCUCAUGCUUUGUUCUUUUAAGCAAACUCUUAAAAUUGUGUUGUUUUCUGUAUACAUAUGAGGUUUGAAAAAAACCACCUUGUGAGUUUUGCUCAAAAUGUGGCCUAAAUAUUCAUUGGCAUGCCUAGAUGAACAAUUAAAAAUAAAGAUAAUUUCUUAAAAAUAUCACAAUAUGAAAACAUACUGAUUCUCACCAU